ACAUACUCAUUCCUCCCUGUCAGUAGUCGAAAGUCACUAGACAUUAGCAGUGGGCUGCAGCCUUGUACGCAGCAGUAUUGCACAGGGUUAGUGUAUUGUUUGAUGCUCGAGCUGCAUGCAGUCUGCUGCAAGUGGCUGCCAUGCCUAGAGCGUUUCUCUUCACACACCGGCGCUACACUGAAACGCCUGCGGCCCUGUAUCCACCCACGACAGCAACAGAUGAAAUAAUCGCAGAGCACGCUGUAGCAGCUGAUUGCCCCGAUGAGUUGUACAACCUCACACAAUUGGCUGAGGUCUCCCUUGCUGCAGCUGCUGCCGAUGGACAUGUAUUUGCGUCCGACUUGCCCAAUAGACGCAGCACAGAGGCACACGCGGAGCAAGCAGCCUCGCAGGGCAGCCACGAGUGCAUGUCGUGCGGCAAGCGAUACAGCACGUCAAGCAACCUGGCUCGUCACCGACAGACACACCGCGCCCCCGACGACAAGAAGGCACGUCGCUGCCCGCACCCGCAGUGUGGCAAGCUCUACGUGUCCAUGCCGGCAUACAGCAUGCAUGUGCGCACACACAACCAGGCCUGUCGCUGCCCCGCUUGCGGCAAGUGCUUCUCGCGGCCUUGGCUGCUGCAGGGCCAUCUCAGAACUCACACUGGGGAAAAGCCAUUCAAAUGCUUAGAGUGCGGCAAAGCGUUUGCCGACAAGUCGAACCUGCGCGCGCACGUGCAAACUCACUCAGGCUCCAAGCCGUACCGGUGCUCCAGGUGUGGCAAAGCCUUUGCGCUCAAGUCCUAUCUCUACAAACACGAGGAAUCGUCCUGCGUCAAACCCACAGUUGGCAGCAGUGGAUCGCGGCUACUCGUACUGGCGGCAAAUGUCGCACAUACAUUGUGCGAUUGACGGUAGCAUAAUACACACAUACUACAUGCUAUUGAAAUUUUAUGAUUCUCUAUGCAUAAAAUGUAAGAUAGAGCUCAUCAAAGUAUUGUAAACCACAAAGAUUGUGCGAGUGGGGCUCCUACUAAGGAACGAGUAAUCGAGACUCAAAACUAACCAAAGUAUGAGGAUGAAAAAGAUUGAAAUCGUUGGAGUAUGAGCAUAACGGUCUAAGUAGUCAUGAGUUUGUAGAUGGUGUUGAUGUUGAAUUCUCCAAGUUGAAUCCAAUAGAUUAAAUAGUUUUUUCCAACAACUCUUCCAAAAGUUUUCAAUCUUAAAAGAGAGGACAAUCAUUUUUGUGAACCCAACCUUUGAUUUGAGUGUUAAUAUGAUAACUUGAGAGGAAACGAAUUCUCUCAGAAGGUUGUACGAUUGCAGAUUCUUGAUAACAGAAGUGAAGAAAGAAUAUUUUUAUGUAGUUGAAGACAAGUAAUUUGUUUUUGUCAUUGAUUAUUUGCAAACCGGUAGUUGACAUUUUUAAUCAUUCAUAAUGAUUUUCUUUUUGAGUAACUCAAAAUGAGAUUUCAAUACACAAAUCUUGAGAGUUGGGAAUUUCAAGUUGAGGGUGUAGGUAUUUUGAAUAAUGGUUGCAUAUUUUUUGCAUACGUUGCAUUCUAUACGUUGUACAGAAAAGAUAAAUUCAUUGACUAACGUAAAAGAUUACUUUAGUACUAAUUUCAAAAACUAGGAAAAAAUGAGAAAAUUAAAACACUAUACCUACUGAUAAUAUUCAAAUACAUCUUAAAAAAGUUAGAAGAAAGCUUAUUCAUUUUGGUUCAGAAUUAAUUGAUUAAACCGUAUUAUAUACCUUCACAAGAUAAAUUAAUUCUCUCCUUCAAUAAAUGUAUAUUUUCCUAUUAAUGCAUUUGAUAGGCGAAGAUGUUGGUUGAAUCCAUGGUGUAAAGUCAACGUACUGUUAUUGAAAACGGAUGAAUAGGAUUAAAAUAAGAAUAAGAUAUAUAAUGUUAACAAAAAACAAAUUGGCCUUGAGGAAACUCAAUCCACACUCUA